UCAUGAGGAUUUUGAGGUGUGAAUGGUCAUUAACAUAUCUUUUGUUUCCAAGGGUGGGAGAGGUCUGAGGUGUGAAUUGGUCAUUACAAUGUGUGACAAGCUUGGUAGGAACAUCCUGUUUUCAAUGUACCUUGAAAACGCUUUGCAUGCAUUUUUCAUGAUGAAAAAAGGCUCUGGAGCUGGAAGAGUUAAAAAAAAAUUUUCAGACACAAACGCUUAUAAACGCGAU